AAACGCCCAUGAUUGUGAACCGCCCACUUCCGGUUUACUGAGCCCGCUGACUAGAUUAAGCAGUCAGUGCUGAGAGAAAAACCAUCUGGCGGCUUUCAGCAGGUCUAUUAAAAGAAAUUUGCAAGGCUGCAUUCUGAUGGCGGCAACCUCCCAGCUGUUUCAGGUAAUCCGUGGCAGGGGGUUUGGUCGUACUUGGGUGCAAUCUGCUUUGUGCCAAACCUGUUUUCAAGUCCAUCAUCCAUGUAACAGUGGCUACCAACCAAAUGCAACUUCAGAUCCAAGUCAUCCCCUGUCACGGAGCUACAGGACUUCAGCUGCACGGCUCACGUACUACCUCACACCACCUCAGGUAAACAGUAUCUUGAAGGCCAAUGAGUACAGCUUCAAAGUGCCUGAGUUUGAUGGUAAAAACAUCAGCUCAGUCAUGGGGUUUGAUUGUAAUCAACUUCCAGCCAAUUCCCCUAUUGAGGACCGGCGUAGUGCAGCAACGUGUUUGCAGACACGUGGCAUGUUGUAUGGAGUCUUUGAUGGGCAUGCAGGCUGUGCCUGUGCCCAGGCGUUGAGUGAGAGACUCUUUUACUAUAUAGCCGUGGCCUUGCUUCCGCACGAGACACUUGCUGAGCUGGAGAAUGCUGUGGAGACCGGCCGGCCCCUUCAGCCUAUCCUGCAGUGGCACAAACACCCAAAUGACUACUUCAGCCGUGAGGCAUCGCGCCUCUAUUUCAACAGCUUGCGUACAUACUGGCAGGAGCUGCUGGACCUAAGUACACCUGGAGAACGGCCUGAGGUUUCUGAGGUGCUGCGAAGCGCUUUCAAGCGUCUGGACAAUGAUUUCUCUUUGGAGGCACAGGUAGGGGAUGCUAAUGCCUUCCUGCACUACUGGGUGUUACGUGUGGCUUUCUCAGGUGCUACGGCAUGUGUGGCACACAUAGACGGUGCUGAUUUACAUGUGGCAAAUGCUGGUGAUGGACGUGCUGUUCUGGGUGUACAGGAGCCCGAUGGCUCGUUCUCGGCACUCACCCUCACCAACGAUCACAACGCACAGAACGAGGCUGAGGUCCGUCGUGUACGUUCUGAGCACCCACAAGCUGAAGCCAAGACAGUGGUGAGGCAGGACAGGCUGCUAGGUCUCCUCAUGCCUUUUCGUGCAUUUGGUGACGUCAAGUUCAAGUGGAGUGUGGAACUUCAGCGGUGUGUGCUUGAGUCAGGCCCAGACCAGCUUCAUGAGAAUGAGCAUGCCAAGUUUGUGCCACCAAACUACCAUACACCACCGUAUCUGACAGCUGAGCCUGAGGUGACCUAUCACCGGCUUCGGCCACAAGACCGAUUCCUAGUACUUGGAUCGGACGGAUUGUGGGAGACACUGCAUCGGCAGGAGGUGGUUCGUAUCGUUGGGGAGCAUCUAACUGGAGUUCACCAGCAACAACCCAUCAGUGUGGGCGGCUACAGAGUCACACUGGGCCAAAUGCAGGGGCUUCUACAGGAGAGGAAGGCACGUGUCUCCUCUACGUUUCAAGACCAGAAUGCAGCCACGCACCUGAUCCGCCACGCUGUAGGCAGUAAUGAAUUUGGCAUGGUGGAUCACGAAAGGCUAUCCAAGAUGCUCAGCUUGCCAGAGGAGUUAGCGCGCAUGUACAGAGAUGAUAUCACCAUCAUUAUAGUGCAGUUUAACCCACACGUCAUAGGAGCUCAGCAGAACUGAAUGUACUGUUUAGUCCUUUGUUUUCCGUUAUACAGCUUCUGUAAACAGUCAUGAGUAGAUGAUGAGCAGUAUGCUAGUGGUGGGGUGUGCAUGUGUGUGCAGGGCUAACAUAUCAUGCUGUAUUAUAUUAUGCAUCAUAAUCACAGUUCAGUCUGUACUUUUGAGGUCAGCAGUGUGUGUGUGUUGGGGGUGGGUGGGUGGGGGUGUGUGUGUCAUGAAAUAGAAGCCUGGUUUUAACUUACCCAUGUCUGAGGUUGUUUUGUUAGUUUUCAUGAAUAAGCUACAAUGCUUGUUAAAUGAAGUUGACUUGGUUUUUUUUUUUAUCAUUUCCGCUGCAUCCUAAUAAUGUGUGUCGAAGCCAAAAACUAAGGAGAUUUCAUUAUUGCCCACUCCUGGAAAUGCAGCUUUGAAAUAAUUGGUCAAGUUACAGGUUAUGAUGCUUAUUAUAUUAUUCUCAAUACAUUGCUGUAUUUAUAUUUGAAAGAAACUCAAAUUCUCAGUCAACUGCAACCUUUUCUUUGCAUGGAUUGCCUGGACUAACUAAGCACAAGUUUAUUUAUUCAUUGGUCACACAUUCAUUUUUAGAUUUUUUUUGCACAUCUGUUGUCUGAAUACAUCUGCAAGACAUGUGUUUUUGUUUUUCUAUAGACCACACAAAGCUUUGUAUAGACAUAUGAAGGCUAAUUAUGCAGUCUAAUCAGAUUAUCACUAGAAAAUCAUCAUAAAGUUAAUCCUAAAUAUGCCUUUGAGAUGGCUGGAUAUGGUGCAGUUGUUUAGUGUUCGUGUCUCUGCAUUUGUUUUCGCAACUAAGGCAAAUGCAGUAUUGUAUUGAUACCCAUGUAAAUUAGUAGCAGGAGCAAAGCACACACUGUGUCUGCUCUGUGUUGUAAGUGCAGUGUAUACUACUUUAUUUUAUGGCUUGUUUCAUUGAGGGAUUUUGUUACUGAUAUAAGUGAGGAAAGUUGUUUUUCUAUACAAUUGCACAACUCUAUAUACUGUCUUUGUGUCUAUGCCAUUUUAUAGACUGGACCUGAUUAGUUCAGCCUCUGUACUGUCUUCAAGUGAGAACCGUGUCAUGCGAGUGUUGGAGCGCUUGACAGGCCGAAUAUAUUUUCUCUUCCACGCAUGGUGUGAGUAGUGAUGGAGGUCAGCAAAUGCCCUUUAGUGCAGUAAGUGUUACAGUUCUGAUUGUUUGUGGGUCAAAACGAAUGUAGCUUUAAUUUGCAGCUGAUUAUUAUCAGCCUCACUGUUCUGCAGUGAACACAAAUACACAUUUUAACAGCUUUUAAUAUACACCUGCAUGUAUAAUAAAUGAUAUUUAACUGCAAAGAAUUAAUCAUUUUGUUCAAUAAGGUUUUCUAACACACAGCCAACUUGAUGAAAUGUAUUAACAUGAUGUUGGGUUAUUAAAACGAUCAACACUAUUCACCUCUCUCUAAUGUUUGGUAUAUUAAGUAAAACAUAACAAGUUACAUCUGUAGAUAUAGUUAACUUUAAAUUUGCUUGUCUAGUACCUGAUCAUUUAUUUGGUUUAAUGCAUUUGAAGCAUUAAAUAUCCAUAUCUUGUAACAGGUAUUUUUAUAUGUAUAACGUGUACAUACUUGUGUAUGAAUAUGGGAUCUCUGGUAUUUUGUAUUUAAAUAUUUUAUUAAAACAUUACACCAGUU